AAGAGCACUCACUCGUGCAACUAUUUUACCGCUUUUCUCUUCUAACCUAUAAGUCUAGUGUCGUCCAUUCGUCUACUAAGUUAGUGUCUCUUCUAUAAUUUUUGUUCUUCUUUGCAUCAUUGUGCGGAAAGAUUUCCAACUUUGUCGUAUAACUUAACUACACUCUCACAUAUUGUUUAAUAACACGCCAUGGCUACACACUGCAACGUCCUCCAACAGUUCACCCGUACCGAGGAAUCAGAGUUCAAGGGCAUGAUUCGCUAUGUACCCAACCGGAAUCGAUUGCUCCCAUCCACUACAUCCAUCUCCAACCAGCCACGACUUCUGGCUUCUUCUCUAGGCCAAUUGGAUUGUCUCCCCGCAGAGCUUCUAUUGUCUGUGCUUGAUCUCCUCGACUUCCAAUCUCUGUCCCGCCUGUCGCGGGUUUCUCUUCUAGGAAAGGAUGUGAUCGAGGACCUGCCGGUGUAUUGGGAGAUGGUCCAACAUGCUCCCGAGGCUUUGGCUGUAUUGGGACAGACUCAUCUUUUGAGCUACCAUCCUGCUACCUUGCUUCAUUCUGCUCUCCGGCAGAGCAGAUGUGUCUCGUGUCUCGCUUUUGGGGGGUUUCUCUUCCUGCCAACCUGUGAGAGGGUUUGUUUUGAGUGUCUCUAUGAGAACCAGGCUCUCCGGAUGACGUCUCCGGCUAUGGCGAAGGAGUGCUUUAGUCUCACUGACCAUGAUCUCCAACGCAUUCCUGUUAUGCACAGCGUUCCUGGCACCUUUGGUCUGAGGUUCCAAUUCGUGCAUAAGCAGGCUGAACGCCUUGUCAGCGUCAAGCAAGCAAAGGAGCUUGCCCUAGAGAUACAUGGCUCGGCAGAGAAGCUGACCAGACUGAGGCCAACAUAUCGUCCUGGGAGAACGUCCAUGAAAGAUGCUGCAAUAUUCAGGCACUUCCAUGAGGCUCCUUUAGAUCCUCCAGGCUGCGAUCUCUCAAGACUACCAAGAAAGGCCGAGGUUGUAGAGGAUGACUUUGGCGGAAUGGCUUCCAUCCGUUUCCCAUCCCUCUCAGAUGCUGGCACCGAUAAAGGUGUCCUUUGCCAGGGAUGCCUUGUCACUUAUAGCCACUACAUGCAAGGCGUGCUUCCCCAGAGUACGCUUUCCGAGCUUGUGCCUGCGGAUGUUGGGCCUUAUCGACCUCUUCUUGCGCUGUUGACUCGUCUAUGGUCCACAGAAGGAUUCGCUGAGCAUGCACAUCAAUGUUAUGGCGUGCGCCGAAUCUUGGGACAGUAAGAGUCCUAUGUAAGGACAGAGCUAGAACAACCUUAACAAAGACCUCAACUGAGGUUUGUUGUCUACUUUGAGAUUUGUUAACACAUUUCUUCAUCUGUCCUGGCUGAUGAUUGCAGGAUCCUCAAAGCCCUGUAGGGCUAGUAUUUUCUCCCUCUUCUAACAUGUCUCUCAUAUGCUCAUGUCAAUCAGUUGUCGGUCUUGCACGCUGAUGGUUCUCAAAAGUCUCACUGCUAUUCAUGAUCAGCCAGCAGGUUUGUUGUUUCUAUCCGGUUGCGUUUAUAUACCCCAUAGUCGAUGUUAAUGGUAAAUGAGUUAUUUCAUAAUUUCAGAUGUUUAUUCCUGAAUAACUCGUCGGUGAACACAGACCUAAUCUUGGUAGCAUGUGAACUUGAUAUUGAAUGACUUUCGUAUCGCUUAUUUGCGUGGCGAUCGUUUUAUAACGUAAAAGUCAAUUGAUACAUCCAGCACUUGGAUAUUCCAUAUGAUCACUGA